GCGGGACAUUAACCUGUUAAACUGUUCCCAGAUCAGUGGCGGGACAUUAACCUGUUAACCUGUUGCCAGGUAACCAUGCCGUUCGGGAACACCCACAACAAGCUGAAGCUGAACUACUCAGCGGAGCAGGAGUACCCCGACCUCACCAAGCACAACAACCACAUGGCCAAGGUGCUCACGCCCGAAAUGUACGAGAACCUGAGAGACAAGGAGACGCCCAGCGGCUUCACCCUGGACGACCUCAUCCAGACCGGCGUUGACAACCCAGGACACCCUUUCAUCAUGACGGUGGGCUGCGUUGCCGGAGACGAAGAGUCCUACGAGGUUUUCAAGGAGCUGCUGGACCCAGUGAUCGAGGACCGCCACGGGGGCUACAAACCAUCAGACAAACACAAGACGGACCUGAACCCCGACAACCUGCAGGUAAAGGGGGAUGGGGGGGACAUGAAGCCGGGGAAC